GGGAAGAGAGAGAGAGAGAGCGAGAGGGCGACCCCUCGGCCUGAUUGGCGGACGGGAAGAAAGAUUACUUUCCGACUUCCUUCCUGGGCUCUAGCCCAUUUCCGGGGAGAAACGAGCUACUGGAGAAAGCGCUCUACCUCUGGAUGGUAUAUAGGUUGAAAUAAGAGUUUUGUCAGCUUGGCAGGACAGGUUGGAUGUUGGAACUUGGUGUCUGGAAGGUUUGAGCCCCAUACAGGCUGAUGAAAAUAUUGCACUGCAGGGAGAAAGCGGCCUCUUCUCUGUAGCUGCACUGGAGACUCUGUGAUGGCAGCUGCAGUGGCCACCAAGACAGCUUGGAAGCUGCAGGAAAUCACAGCUCACAGCAGCAAUGUGGCUUCCCUGGUGCUGGGCAAAAGCUCUGGCCGGCUUCUCGCAACCGGUGGAGAUGAUUGUCGGGUUAAUAUCUGGUCGGUUAACAAGCCCAACUGCAUCAUGAGUCUGACUGGUCACACAACGCCAGUGGAGAGCGUGAAGAUCAAUACGAACGAAGAGCUGAUCGUUGCGGGGUCCCAGUCGGGCUCCAUUCGGAUCUGGGAUCUGGAAGCAGCCAAAAUUCUCCGCACGCUAAUGGGCCACAAAGCAAAUAUUUGCAGCCUCGACUUCCAUCCAUUUGGAGGCUUUGUGGCUUCAGGAUCCAUGGACACCAAUAUUAAGCUUUGGGAUGUAAGAAGAAAAGGCUGUGUCUUCAGGUACAAGGGUCACACGCAAGCCGUCCGAUGUCUCCGAUUCAGUCCGGAUGGGAAAUGGCUGGCCUCAUCCUCCGACGACCACACCGUGAAGCUUUGGGACCUGGCUGCUGGGAAGAUCAUGUUUGAGUUCACCGGGCACACGGGGCCAGUCAACGUGGUCGAAUUUCAUCCCAACGAAUACCUGUUGGCCUCCGGGAGCUCAGACAGAACAGUCCGGUUUUGGGACUUGGAGAAGUUCCAGGUUGUGAGCUCCAUUGAGGAAGAGGCCACUCCAGUCAGGUGCGUGCUGUUUAAUCCAGACGGCUGCUGUUUGUACGCUGGCUGCCACGAUUCCUUGAGGGUGUAUGGCUGGGAGCCUGAGCGCUGUUUUGACGUGGUCUCCGUGAACUGGGGCAAGGUGGCGGAUUUGUCGAUCUGUAACAACCAGCUGAUUGGCGUUUCAUUCACACAAAGCACGGUCUCUUCGUUUGUUGUGGACCUCAACAGAGUCACAAAAAGUGGGUCUGGCCUGCAGGGACUCUUGAAGGACGACAAGCCUCUCCCCCAGCCCUUGCCUGUGGGCUCUUCCCUUCGACGAAUCUACGAGAGGCCGUCAACGACGUGUAGCAAGCCCCAAAGAAUGAAACACAACUCAGAAAGCGAGAGGCGCAGCCCCAGCAGCGAGGACGACAAGGAAGACAAAGAGUCCACGGCCGAGAUCCAGAACCCGGAGGAUUACAAAGAGAUCUUCCUGCCAAAGAAUUCCAUCACUCGGACUCCGCCACACAAGAGCGAGCCGUUUCCUGCCCCUCCGGAAGAUGAGCCCAUCCUCGCCAAGGAGGCCUCAAAGCCCAGCCAGGCGUCGGAGACUCAGAUCCCUUUGCCAAGUCAAUCGAGCGUCCCCGACCCCCUCCAGAGGCCUCCCCUGGCCGCCUCUACCCCCAUGCCCAGGACGGAGCCCUCGGUGAUCCCUGCUGCCAGGAAUGAGCCCAUUGGGCUAAAGGCCUCUGACUUCUUGCCGGCUGUGAAGAACCAAAGUCUGGUGGAAAUUGUCGAUGAGGAGGCCAUGUCCCAGAUCCGGAAGGGUCACGAGACCAUGUGCGUGGUGUUGACCAGCCGCCACAAGAACCUGGACACGGUGAGAGCCGUCUGGAGUACCGGAGACAUCAAGACAUCCGUGGACUCUGCUGUGGCCAUCAAUGACCUCUCUGUGGUGGUGGACCUCCUGAACAUUGUCAACCAGAAGGCGUCUCUCUGGAAGCUGGAUCUGUGCACGGUGGUCUUGCCUCAGAUAGAGAAGCUUCUCCAAAGCAAGUACGAAAGUUAUGUCCAGACCGGCUGUACUUCACUGAAGCUGAUCCUGCAGAGGUUUCUGCCCCUGAUCACAGACAUCCUCGCUGCCCCGCCAUCCGUGGGGGUCGACAUCAGCCGAGAAGAGAGGCUUCACAAGUGCCGUCUUUGCUACAAGCAGCUGAAACACAUCAGCAACAUCAUCAAGAACAAGUCGGGGCUCAGCGGCCGCCACGGAAGCGCCUUCCGUGAACUCCACCUGCUGAUGGCCGUCCUGGAGUGAGCGUGGCGGCUCCCCCCCCACGCGCGUGCACGUCACGAGGGGCUCGUACUUCCCUUUGCGGACUCACACUCCAGUCCAAUCGUGAGUGUGUGCUUUUAUUUUCCCCAUUUGGUGUCCAUCGCUACACACACACACACACCCUCCGGGAAGGCGCAGGCUGCCAGACUGCAACAACUCCAGUGCCUUACAGGUUGAUGUUGCGACACAGACUGUCCUGCUCAAGACCAGGCCAUCUCCUGUCUU